AUGAAAGACGCUGCGUCUAUUCUGGAGUUUCUAGCGUGGGGACGACACAAGGAUCCCGAAUAUCAUUCCACUGUCUCGCCCGAGGCUACUUUGGCUGUCGGAACGGCUUCCGGCGAUGUCUGGGAUAAAGGAUCUCACGCCUUAGAGUCUGCGACCGAUCCUUUUGGAGAUUGCUCUCAGCUUUCUGUCAUUCAGCUACUGCUCCCAAGUCCGCAACAGGUCUGGCAGCUUGUUCAAUACCACGAGGAGUGUCUACUUUGGUAUCAUGGCUCAUUCUUCGCACCGAGUUUCCGCGACCAACUGGAAGCCUUCUAUGCUGAUUAUGGCGGCAUGAUUGACAGACCCGGCGUCAAUCUGCAAUGGGUUGCUCUUCUCUUUUCCAUCAUGACAGGAAGUCUGGUCUGCUGCCCAUCGGCUACCCUGCAAUCCUGGGGCUUCCGCGAUCCGGAACGGAGAACUCUGUCUAAGCGUUGGUUUGGCGUGGUCUUGACGUGCUUGAACCGAGCUGACUAUACCGCCAAUCUGAGCAUCCUAUCCUGCCAAGCUAUUGCAACAAGCACCAUCUCCGCCCAUCUUCUGGGAUUCAGCAGUUCUCAAAGCAUCCAGCUUGCAGCAGCUGUUCGCAUAGCCCAGUCACUUGGUCUUCACCGUCUAGGCAGUGAGACAACUCGCAAUACGAUCGAUAGGGAGAUUGGUAGACGGGUCUGGUGUCAGCUGUGUAGCCAGGACUGGUUUGGAAUACCGUUCUCCGAAAGCUAUUUGAUCAAUCCACUGUACUCGACUUCCGAGCCACCAUUGAACUGCCAUGAUCAAGAUUUGCUGCCAUUACCAGUGGACACCCCGACCAUUACGAGCUAUUGCCGAUUUCUUUGCGAGGUCGCCUCUAUUAUUCCCCAACUUCAAGAUGAUUUGAUGGUUCGAAACACUCCUUAUACUCGAUAUGAGCAGGUUUUGGCUUGGGAUGCUCGCCUUCGUACUCUUGUGACGACGGAGAGACCGAUGUUCCUUUCGCAUGUUCCCAUCGACCCGCAAUGGCCCUGUUGGAUUCCUUGGGCUCGUCGUGCUCUGGCAAUCAGCUCCGGUCAUAAGAUCAUAAUGAUCCACCGAUCAUUCCUUUCUGACAGUUUUACCAACCCCGCUUUCGCAUUCACCCGCCGGACGUGUCUUGCAGCUUCAAAGACCAUCAUCAAAGAGUACAAGUGUGUUGCAGAGGAGGAUGGACCAACGCUCUGGAUACACCAAGCAUUCUCAGUUGCCGCGUCGGUCAUACUUCUGCUGGACGUUCUUCACCGAGACCCCAACGACAGGGAAUCAGCCCAGCACAAGCAGCUUGCUGAGAGCGUCGUUGAGAUACUACAUUAUCACCAAAAUAGCAUGAUUGCCGUAAGGGGUAUCAAGCUGCUGGGUGCGUUGUUAGCGGAGGUUUCCAAAGUUGGUUCAACGAGUGGGGCCCCAAAUCAAGGGCGAAAGCGUAGGAGACAUGAUGACACUUUCGUCUCAUCCAAUGCAGACAGCCCCCGAAACAUCAGAUCGGGAUAUAAGUUCGACCUUACAGGAUUCGUGAAGACAUUCUCUGUAGGCACGGCCAGCGGUCAGUCGGCUGGUUCAUCUCGUUCUGCCGGUCAACAGCAAUCACCAGCGGGCGUACAGGUUGAGAAUCCUCAAGAGAGCGAUAAUGUGGGCGAACCUGGCCGGGAAGACGCUGGCCACAUCAUCGAACCCCCUAUAGGUUACUCAUUUAAUACGGCGGGACUAGACGGCGCCAACAGUUUCGAGAACCUCUUAUACCUUGUGAACCACGACUGCUUUUCUAUGCCUUGA